UCUAAAAUUAGAUUCGUAAAGCACAUUUAGAAUAACAGGCAUAAAAUUACUCAAGUUGGAGGGCCUACACUAAAGAUCUGGAUUGAAAAGGAGCAAUCGUAUAAGGAAAUCCGUAGAAUUUUGUUUCUCUAUAUAGUAGAGCCUAUCCCUGAUAAGUUGAGUAGAGGAAUUUGUGCCUAAGAAAACGACACCAAAAUGGAGGAUUAUCUUCAGUAUAUAGGGAGCGUCAUGGGAGCAGCUGCUUUGUCUGGAGCCACGGCAGUAGCCACAUCUCUAUACAUGUCGACUUUGCCUCCACCUCUUACUCCAACCGUUGACAUAAACAAGCAAUCCAAAGAGUUGCCGGGUCCUGAUGGCGCGAGAUCUUCUCGGUUUUAUCCAGAUGGGAAAUUCCUCGAGUACUGUUUUGACGACGCAAGGACAAUGUAUCAGCUCAUGCACAGAGGAGCCAGAGUUUCAGGUAACGGUCCUUGCUUAGGAUGGAGACCUUCUAGUGAUGCUGAGUACGAGUUCAUCACUUACAAUCAGGUGUUGGAAAGAAUAAAAAAUUUCUCAUCUGGUCUUGUACAUUAUGGAACAAAACCUGGACAAGAAACUUUCAUAGGAAUAUAUUCUCAGAACAGCAUUGAGUGGGUAAUCACAGAACAUUCUAGUUACCGAUUAUCAGCUAUAAUUGUUCCAUUGUAUGACACACUCGGUCCACAUGCAUGUUCUUUCAUAAUUAACCAAGCCGAAAUCAAGACAGUCAUCUGCGACAACGAGAGCAAAGUAAAAAGUAUUUUGAACGAAAUGUCUAAUACACCUAAACUGAAACAAAUUAUCGUCGUUAACAGUAUAUCAGAUCCUUUGAAAGUUCGCGCACAAACAUUGGGAGUACAACUACUUUUCUUUAAGGAUGUAGAAGAAGCAGGAAAAGUACAUCCAUGUGAAGCUGUACCUCCGACCCCACCGGAUGUAGCAACAGUCUGUUAUACCAGUGGAACUACUGGCGACCCAAAAGGCGUUUUACUUACUCAUGGUAAUAUAAUAUCAUGCAGCAGUGCUGUUAUUUUACAAAUGGGCAUCAAUGGUCCAAAGUCUUCAGAUUGUAUGAUUUCCUAUUUACCUCUCGCCCACAUGCUUGAAAGAGUCGUUCAGGUGACUGUGUACAUGACUGGAGGAAGUGUUGGAUUUUCACAAGGAAAUAUCAAACUUCUGACAGAUGAUAUCAAAACGUUAAGGCCAACUUUCAUACCUGCUGUCCCAAGACUUUUAAACAGGAUUUAUGAUCAGAUACAAAACAGCGUCAAUGGAAGCCGACUCAAGAAAUGGAUCAUGGACAUGGCGCUGGCCAGUAAGCAGUCAGAAUUAGAAAGGCAUAUAGUGACAAAUAGAAGUGUCUGGGAUCGAUUUGUUUUCAAGCCAGUUCAAGAAAAUAUGGGUGGACGAGUGCGAUUGUUGGUGACCGGAUCUGCUCCCCUAGCCAGUAAUGUGUUGACUUUUCUCCGCUGCGCUCUUGGUUGCACGAUUCUCGAAGGAUAUGGUCAAACAGAAUGCGUUGCUCCUUGCACUAUGACUUUAGUUGGAGAUUACAGUGUAGGUAAGCCUCAGCAUUUUAACUUACCUAUACAGUUACUAAUGCUAACUCAUUUUCAGGCAACUAGAAAUACUUGUACUGAUUGA